GUUCGCAUGCACGGGGCGUGCAGUCAGAGUUCUCUUUAGACAACCACCGAGAGCCGCUCGAGGAAUAAUUCGCGCGGGCUUGUCCGUUGAUACGUAACUUUAAAGGGACGAGGAAAACCAGGCGUGACGAAAAAAAAAAAAUAGAUAUUCCGCGGCGAGGAGGGAGGCUAGCGAUAUCCAGAGCUACAUGGCUCCGAAAACCGUUCGUUCCCUGCACCGUCCACGCGUUUCCUAUUCGCGUUCGAGCGAGCGUCGGUUCGAUCAGCGGACCAUCGGCUCGAAAUAAUUUUCGGACGAUUCCAGUCUGUUCUUCGUCGCGAGACGCGCUCCAGCCCCUCGUCGUGCAACACCUUCGUGGAAACGGGAGCAUAGAGAACCACGGUGUCGGCGUGCAGAAGGAAGAGGAGUCGUAACAGAGCCAAUAAACGAUGCUGCCCAUUUAGUAAAUCGUCGAAAUUUCGCACGGUUCGAGACCGCACCGAAGCUGUAGUACCGAAGCUUAUGUCACACGCGAUCAAGGACGCGAACGUUUACGGAAGAAGAAAGAGGAGAAAACAGGGAGAGAGGAUCGUGAUUGUAGAAACAGGUCGAGAAGACAGAAGACCGAGGGCAUGUUCCGAUAUCAGGACGAUAUAUCCGUGUCGACGACGUGAAACGUGAGCUUCCUUCGAUUCCUCCGGUUUGUUACAAGUGAUUUACCCGCCCGUUGUGCUUGGACCCACGGAAAUUUCGCGAUUUCGAUGCUUCGUUCUCGCCUGAAGGCCAAUCCGAUGCUCGCUGCCGCGCGAACAGAGAAUCUUCUCCCGACGGUCGUCGUACGCGCCUUUUCCCUCGAUCAUCCCCGAUUUGCUUCUUCCGAGUCGCGUCGUCGUACGCUUUCGUUUCGGUUCUUCCGUUGAUAAAGCCCCGCUCGCGAUACCGGCGAGCACCAGCUAACUGUCGUGCUCGACCCACGCCGUUAUCGAUUCCGCUCGACGCUCGGGAUAGAAAUUUCAAUCGUUGAUAUUCCACGGGCCGCUCCGCGAGAUUCGCGCCCUCCGAAACGACGCGCUCUUUUUCGUCCCCCGUGCCACGACCUACACAACGCACGUGAUUUUCUCGCGCCUUUUCGAUCGAUCGAUGCGAAAGAACGACACAUGAGCCUCUGAUACGCGAACUGGUCGUCAGCGCAGUAACUCGCCGCGUGUCUCCGGUUUUCCGUCGUUCGCGAGAAACGCGAGCGUACGUCCGCGUGGGAGCUGCUCGCGUCGAACAGGCGCAUCCGUUCGCCCCAGUCAUGCCUUCCGCGUUACCCUAAGGAACAUUUUUUUCUAACCGCGCGAAUUAACGGUAAUCACGUGAUACUCUUGUAAAUUAUACGUGACGACUCCUGUGCCGAUCUUGGCCUCUCGCGCUUCUAAUCGUCGUUGUUUGUUACUGUCACUGUUGUUGCUCCCGCUGCCCCCCGUAACUCUGUUUCCCCUAUUCGCGAUCGGUUGCCCUAAUCGGUGCUGGUUCAUCGAGACCGACUUCAGCGCGGCGACAAACCGAGAGGAACGGAUCCCUCGUCGUCGAGACUAAGGAGAGUUUUUUAGCUUCGAAACGAGAGACCACGGUGUGAAGAAUGGUAGUCAAAAACGAUAACACGAGGAAUGGGCACGAGUUGGCUCCGUUGAACGAGAAUCGUCAGGCUGGCCAGAACGUGACGAUCGUGGUGAGCGGAACGCAAAAUGCUGCUGGAAGCCAAGAGUCCAAGGAGGACAAGAGGGCAGAAUGGAGCGGCAAGAUGCAAUUUUUCCUCAGUAUUAUCGGUUACAGCGUGGGACUCGGGAAUAUCUGGAGGUUCCCUUACCUGUGCCAACAAAACGGUGGAGGUGCCUUUCUCAUCCCCUUUUUCGUGAUGCUAAUCCUAGAGGGUGUACCCCUCUUUUUGAUCGAGCUGGGUCUCGGUCAACGUAUGCGGCAGGGCGCCCUUGGAGUAUGGAACACGAUACAUCCGUGGCUAGGCGGUAUAGGAAUAGCGUCUUGCAUCGUCACCUUCUUCGUAGCGCUUUACUAUAACGUCAUCAUCACCUGGUGUUUCUACUAUCUAUUCAACUCGUUCGAGGCCGUUACGAUUAAAUUCGGCGAACCGUUGCCAUGGGCGAAGUGUCCAGAAGUCGAUGGCAAGCCGGUCGAGGAAUGUGCAAAAAGUUCCGAAACUGCCUAUUUUUGGUACCGUACCACGCUAGACGCGGCCCCGUCGAUCGAAGCUGGUCAGAGUCUCAAGUGGUGGAUCGUCCUUUGUCUACUGUUGAGUUGGAUCGUCGUCUUCUUUAUCGUGAUGAAGGGGAUACAGUCGUCCGGAAAGGUGGUAUAUUUUACAUCCAUGUUCCCGUAUUUGGUGCUUACUAUCUUUUUUAUUCGUGGAAUAACGUUAAAAGGUGCCAGCGCUGGAUUGGCCCAUAUGUACACGCCAAAGAUCGAGAAACUGUUAGAGCCGACGGUCUGGCUAGACGCAGCGACGCAGGUUUUUUACAGUUUCGGACUAGCGUUCGGCUCCUUGAUCGCGUUUGGGUCUUACAACACCCCGGACAACAACUGCGUCCGGGACGUGCUACUGGUCAGCGGUUGUAAUGCCUUCACUGCUAUUUACGCGAGCGUCGUAAUAUUCGCCAUUCUAGGCUUCAAGGCGAUGACAAGCUUUGAUAGGUGCAUCGUCAGCAACAAAGACUUACUUUUCGACAACGGGCUCAUAGCCCACGAGAACAUUACCAUGGAGGAAUACGACGACAUUGUGAAUAAGUUCAAUGCGACGGCGAUGAACUUCACGCUUCGUUGGUGUAGCCUCAGCAAGGAGCUGGAUAACGCUGCCGAAGGAACGGGGCUGGCUUUCAUAAUCUUCACGCAAGCGAUAGUCGAGUUACCCGGCGCUCCGUUUUGGUCCUGUAUUUUCUUCCUGAUGCUACUCGCCCUCGGUCUGGGCUCGCAGAUCGGUAUACUCGAAGGCAUGCUGUGCGUCAUCUUCGACAUAGACCUGUUCAAGAGAAUAAAGAAACAGUACAUGACAGGGGUGGUUUGCACCGUCUGCUUCUUCGUUGGUCUGAUCUUCUGCACCGGCGCUGGUGAAUACUGGCUCAAAAUGUUCGACAGUUUCGCCGGUACCAUCGGCCUGGUGAUGGUCGCGCUGAUGGAAAUGAUAUCCGUCAUCUUCAUCUACGGACACGAAAAGUUCACGAAAGACAUCGAAGAAAUGACGGGAUACAGACCGGGAAUGUACUGGCAAGUUACCUGGCGGUUCCUCGCUCCCAUCAUUAUGGUUUGCAUCCUCCUUUCUAGUAUCGCGUCUAUGUUUAUCAAGAAGCCUGAAUAUUCCGCGUGGGAUGCCUCGCUGGGUGAGACCGUAGUCACCAGUUAUCCCAGUUGGGUGCUGGCCAUAGCGGUCGUAAUUAUUUUCGCGGGUAUCGCGCCAAUACCGAUCGUUUUCCUUUUGAGACGGUUCCAGUGUGUCAAGCUGGACGUCGACAUCCAUCAGGGAAGUAUACGACGCAUCGACACCACAGUUUCUACCAAGGAAAUGAUGGGUGACGUUGAUCUGGACGAGUACCACGAUCGUCUCGAAGACUUCCCCGAGGAGGACGAGGACAUAAACAGCGACGACGACAAUAACAGCGCACCGCCCAUUACGAAGAUCGUCCCUAACAAACUACAGGGUAAACCCUUCAAAAUGGAGGUAAUGGACUUUUAAUGCCGGUCGUCCUGGGUUCGCAGUCUCUUCUCUCACGGCGUCUCCACGAACAGCGAGAAAAGGAUAAUCGUCGUUGUCCAUACGAAGAUUUCGGUUGUCGGGAGACGCGCGAAACGACACGAAUUACCGUUCCGUUGCGUACAAGAACCGAACGAUCUCUCGAAAGCAAUACAUUCACGUUCCGUCUGACUCGCGAAACGGGAUCGUACAAAAUGAAUAAAAGUAGAAGAAAACAAAAAAAAAUAUGUAAAAUUCAGAGGAUGAAUAUCACGCGGCGUACAGGACGCGUUGCAAAUGAGAACGAUCGACCGGAGAUCGGUCUCGUCGCGCCUCCGUUCGCUUCGUCGAAUCGUCUGUUCGGUUCUAUCGAGACGCGAAUCGUUUCUAACGGCCUGAACGUCACCGGGCGACGUAUUUCUCGUUUAGAAAACGGAACCGCGCGUGUACCCUUUUCGCGUCGACGUCAGUCUCCCUCGUGCGCGAUUUAGAAAGAGCGCCGUCUGCGUUCGCGUUUCGAUCUUUCGUCUGAGACGCAAACGAAUCGGCGUUACGGAAAGGAAGAGACGCAGCGAAGGAACGACGAUCGUAGUAAUUGGUCGCUCAAGGCAAAUGAUUCUUGCACUAGUGCUUAUAAAUGUCAAAUCUGUAUACUUCUCGUUACGAUGCGUUACGAAAAUUUAAGAUGAAAUUUAACUGUUGGGAAACAAGCACUCGUAAACUCUUGAUGAUUUACAAAAUUAUAACAAUUGAAAUUAACAUUUGUAUCGCGUAUAGGCUUCUGCACAGAGAACACACGCUAACUGGAUGUAGGUUCUCGGGUGGCCUUGAGCGGCCAUUUGAUUUUGUCCGUACUGUACACGAACAUAAUGCAUCAAUGACCUGCGCACAUCAAAGCAAACAGGCCUGCGGUUCUGUAAUAGGUGGCGUGAAACCACUCUUGUCGACUUGCACCAACAAGAGAGGUCAUUUCUAUUACUUUAGCGCUAUGUCUCUUCCGCUCGUAACGCAAUGGAGCCUCGAUGGUCGUUGGGUAACGAAGUCGAUUAUUUCCGCGGGUCGCCAGGUUCGUUUGAUACCCGAGGUAAUCGAUCGGUCGAAAAGAAAGCUUUACACGAUAGCUAUAUUGAACUGUCGUACGAUUCUCGGUUUGUUCCUUCGAACGAAAGACAUAGGCACUUGUUGCUAAGUGACGAACCCUUUUACUUGUCAACACAAUGGAAUGGUCGAGAUUCGCGUGC